GGGAACAAGCCCUCGCCACCCGCCCGCCUCGUUCCCCGCUCCGCCAUGGAAUUGACGAUCAAUGGUCACCGGCAGCAGCCCCACGGCGACGCCGCGGCGGCGGCCAUUGACGGUCAAUCCCCCGUCCCCGGCCCCGACCCCGCCGGCGGGAAGCCGCCCCCUCCUCAGCCCGACGGAUUCCUCGAGGUGGAUUUGUCCCCCCGCCCGGACCAGGAACCGCCGAGCGCGAAUCCCGGCGAUCGGGCGAUCGGGGAAGAAGGCCCCGUCCCCGAAAUCGACGCCAGCGCCAGAGGAGCGGCUCAGGCGCACGAGGAGCCGGGGGAGGAGCAGGGCGCGGAGGCCGAGGAUCGCGAGCACGCGGUUGGUGACGGGACGAGGGUCGACGGCGGCGGCGGCGGCUCUGACGUGAUCAGUGUGGUCCAGCCUCAUUCGCAGCUCCCGAAGCCGGAGGCGCCGCCGAUGUCGUGCUCUCCGCCGCGGGACGUCGGCGCGGCCGCCGCCGCCAUAUCGGGCCGAUCCCAGUCCAUGCCGGGCCGCCUCGCGGCGGUCGACAUGCCGGCCAUCGGCAAGUUCAUCCGGGACCGGAGCAACAGCUUCUCCGCCGCGAUCGUGAAGCGGCUGUCGUCUCUCAAGGAAAUAGGGAGCGACGACGACGACGGCGGGAGGGGCGGUUCCGAUUUCAAGCCGGACGGGGUGACGGAGAUCAACCUCUCGGGGCUGAAGGUGGUGGUGAGGCUGAAGACGGAGGAGCAGCCGGAGAAGGAGCUGCGAGGCAGGAUCAGCUUCUUCUCGCGGUCCAACUGCCGGGACUGCACCGCGGUGCGAUGCUUCCUCCGGGAGCGAGGGCUCAAGUUCGUGGAGAUCAACGUGGACGUGUACCCGCAGCGGGAGAAGGAGCUGAUCGAGCGGACGGGGAGCUCCCAGGUGCCGCAGAUCUUCUUCAACGAGAAGCUCUUCGGCGGGCUGGUGGCGCUGAACUCGCUGAGGAACAGCGGGGGGUUCGACCGGCGGCUGAAGGAGAUGCUCGGCGGGAAGUGCUCCGGGGAGGCGCCGGCGCCGCCGGUGUACGGGUUCGACGACCCGGAGGAGGAGGAGCGGGCGGACGAGGCGGUGGGGAUCGUGAGGGUGGUGAGGCAGAGGCUGCCGAUCCAGGACCGGCUGACGAAGAUGAAGAUCGUGAAGAACUGCUUCGCCGGGGCGGAGAUGGUGGAGGUGCUCAUCCACCACCUCGACUGCGGCCGGAAAAAGGCUGUUGAGAUUGGAAAGCAGUUAGCCAAGAAACACUUCUUCCAUCAUGUCUUUGGGGAGAAUGAUUUUGAAGACGGAAACCACUUCUAUCGUUUCAUUGAGCACGAACCAUAUAUUCCCAGAUGCUUCAAUUUCCGAGGAUCUACAAAUGACAGUGAACCAAAGCGAGCAGCUGAAGUUGGCUUGAGGAUGACCAAGAUAAUGUCUGCCAUACUUGAGUCUUAUGCCUCUGAAGAUAGGCGCCAUCUUGAUUAUGGAGCCAUCAGCAAAAGUGAAGAAUUCAGAAGAUACGUAAAUUUGUCUCAAAAACUUCACCGGGUGGACCUACUGGAACUCUCACCUGAUGAAAGCCUGGCAUUCUUCUUGAACUUGCAUAAUGCCAUGGUCAUUCAUGCUGUGAUAAGGGUCGGCCUCCCAGAAGGAAUCAUGGAUAGGAGAUCUUUCGACUCUGACUUCCAGUACGUGGUUGGCGGGUAUCCAUUCUCCCUUAGCACAAUAAGAAAUGGAAUACUAAGGAACAAUCGGAGACCUCCGUACUCGUUGGCCAAGCCCUUUGGCACUGGAGACAGGCGCUUAGAGCUUGCUGUUCUUAAAGUAAACCCCCUUAUACAUUUUGGUCUAUGUGACGGCACGAGGUCGAGCCCAACCGUGAGAUUCUUCUCUCCUCAAGGAGUCCAAUCUGAACUCAGAUGCGCUGCCAGGGAGUUCUUCCAGAGCGGCGGGGUUGAUGUGGACCUGGACAAGAGGACACUUAAACUCACUCGAAUCAUGAAGUGGUUCAGUGCUGAUUUUGGACAGGACAGGGAAAUCCCACGGUGGAUCCUCAGCUACUUGGACGCGACCAAGGCAGGUCUCUUGACGCAUCUCCUAAGCGACGGGGGUCCCAUUCACCUCGCCUACCAAAACUAUGACUGGUCUGUAAAUUCCUGAUGCAACAACCGGCACCAUUCUCGUGGGUAGAAAAAUGGAAGAACACUAAACUUAUAAAUCACAUUGAGCGAUGAGGAAAGUCGAGGUGAUGCCAAUUAUAUACUGUACAUAGCUGAAUAUUGCGAGUCCAUCCCAAGCCAUUAAAAUGGAAAUUCGAGGAUACGAUAGAGGUAUAUGCUUGUUUGUCCCGACGUGCGCGCCGAAGACGACAAGUUAUCAAGUUUUCUUAUUCUUUUUUCCCGGCA